CCUUGUCAGCUUUUCCUAAACUUUCCUCUGAACCUUCUUUCUUCCUUCUUCCCCUCUUUCUCUCUCUCUCUGUCUGUCUGUCUGUCAGAAAAAUGAGUUUAUUUCAAUCUUGUUUGAGUUUGGAAUCCAUUCCAACCACCUUCUGCUUCCUCUUCUUCUCCUUCACUUUCCUGUUCUCCAUGUUCUCUCUGGCAAUCUUCAUCUUGAGAUUGAAACCUUGGUGUAAUUGCGACGUUUGCAGAAGCUUCUUGACUUCGAGCUGGGCCGGAGAGUUCGAAAAUCUCUGCGAUUGGUACACUCAUCUUCUCAGAAAAUCACCCAGCGGUACCGUCCAUGUCCAUGUCCUCGGCAACACCAUCACAGCUAACCCAGAGAACGUCGAGCACAUGUUGAAGACCAGGUUCGAUAAUUAUCCAAAAGGAAAGCCAUUUUCUACCCUUCUCGGCGAUCUUCUGGGGAGAGGAAUAUUCAAUGUCGACGGCGAUUCGUGGAGGUUUCAGCGCAAAAUGGCGAGUUUAGAGCUCGGAAGUAUAACCGUCCGAUCCUACGCGCUCGAGAUCGUAUCCUCCGAGAUCAAAUCCAGACUAAUUCCGUUAUUGAGGUCAUUUGCUGUUGCUGGUGGCAAAACUGGAGAUGUUGUGGAUUUGCAGGACGUGUUCCGGCGGUUCUCAUUCGACAACAUCUGCAAAUUCUCCUUCGGUUUGGAUCCAGGUUGUCUCCGGUUAUCGCUGCCGAUAUCGGAUCUAGCAGUGGCUUUCGAUCUGGCAUCGAAAUUGUCAGCGGAGAGAGCUUUGUCGGCAUCACCAGUGAUAUGGAAGAUGAAGAGGUUGCUCAACAUAGGAUCGGAGAGGAAGCUUAAAGAAGCAAUUAAGCUUGUGAAUGAGCUAGCCAAAGAGAUCAUAAAUGAGCGACGAAGGAUGGGGUUUUCUACACAGAAAGACCUUCUUUCGAGGUUCAUGGCUUCCAUCGACGACGAAGACUAUCUUCGAGAUAUUGUCAUAAGCUUCCUGUUGGCUGGACGUGAUACGGUUGCUUCUGGUUUGACCAGCUUCUUCUAUCUGAUUUCGAAUCACCCGGAUGUCGAACGGGCUAUCCGAGAAGAAUCGGAUCGGGUCAUGGGACCCGAUUGCGAGAUCGCGAGCUACGAUCAGAUGCGGGAGAUGCAUUACCUGCAUGCGGCUGUGUAUGAAAGCAUGAGGCUUUACCCGCCUAUUCAAUUCGAUUCCAAAUUCUCCCAAGACGACGAUGUUUUUCCAGACGGGACGCUUAUUCAGAAAGGUACCAGGGUUACUUACCAUCCCUACGCAAUGGGUCGGAUGGAACGGGUUUGGGGUCCGGAUUGUCUCGAAUUCAAACCCGAGAGGUGGUUGAAGAAUGGUGUUUUUACGCCUGUGAGUCCUUUCAAGUACCCGGUUUUUCAAGCUGGGCUUAGGGUUUGUUUGGGCAAGGAAAUGGCUCUUGUGGAGAUGAAGAGCGUUGUGGUUGCCCUACUUCGUCGAUUCGAUAUCCGGGUUUCCGGAUCGAAUUCGAACCGGUCACCGAAAUUCGCCCCCGGUCUCACCGCCACCGUCAGAGGCGGUCUGCCGGUUCAUGUUCAUGAAAGGGGAGUAUAAUAAUCAAGACCACCGUUGUUGUUUGAUAUGCUUUAGAGGUCCAACUCACAUUUAACCCCAAAUUGAGGAUGGAAAAUCAUUAAGGAAGAAGAGGCAAAAAGGAAUAAUAUUAUGAAGUUACGGGUGAAUUGGGUUGGCAAUCUCUCUUUGGGUUAAUUUUGGUCAUUUUUCAGUGACCGUAUUAUACUGUAAAUACUUAGCCAGCUAAUGCAUGCUUUAUAUUAAAUAUAUAAAACAUGAGCUUAAGUUGUAGGUUUUUUUUGGGUAAUAAGCUUAAUUUGUAGGUUGGUAACUAUUAUAAGGAUGAGGAAUAACAUUUUAAAUUGUAUGUAAAUAUAUCGUGUAUGAAAAAAGCCUCAUUUAAUUACUAGACUUCAAGAUAUGCACUUCAAUUGUUUCCA